AUGGAGAUUGAACAAGAUGGAUGGCUCCCAUUCCUGGAUGUCCUGAUUCGAUGCAAUCAGGAUGACACUCUAAGCCAUGAGGUGUAUCGCAAGCCUACUCACACAUAUGGGUAUCUCAAUACUACCUUCCAUUACGAUCCCUCCCAAAAGAACUCCGUCAUUAGCUCCCUAAUGUACGGAGCACUGACAAUCUCUCAACCCUCCAAAAUCAGCAGUGAAGUAGAAAAUCUUGCGACAGCUCGAACGACGAAUGGAUAUAGCAUCCAACAAAUUCGAAAGAUCAAGCAGAAGCUGCGGAGCAAGCUGUCAUCUUUCCAAGAGGAGACUAUUCCUGAGGAAAACCAGGAAAGACUCGAAGUAGCCCUCCUCCCCUAUCUGAGAGGCACAACGGACCGCAUAAGCAAAGUACUCGGCAAACAUAUUAGGUAUAUGACUUAA